AUGAGCGGCUUCGAGGAGCACCUGAUGGAGAAGAUUUACGCAGGCUUCAGGGUUAGGCUGUAUUUUAUGUACACUAACCAGCACAUGUGCGAAAGGCUGAUGGCACGACGACAAGAGCUGGAAUAUCUCAGAAAUUACGGGUUUGAUGCCGCAUUCACAGAACAGAUUGACUUCUGCGGUGUUGGAGUCAUAAGGUAAAU